AUGGGGCGCGCGCUCCUGAACCAGGUACCAAUGGAAGCGUUCUUUAUCUUCCCAGAGGAGGUCCCAGAGACUGCGGGCAACAUGCUCACACCAUCCAGAACGACAGAGACUGCAGAGGAAGGGUCCCGGACACUGUUUACGGUGGAUAGAAACGCAGGAAACACUGGCUCAGAGCUGCCCCUACCCGCGCUAUCCGACGUGCUCACGGCGACCUCGCUGCAAGUAGAUCACUCGCUGGAGAACAUCGAUGAAGAGAUAGGAUGCGGAGGAAUCCCUGAAGCAAGCGCAGUAGGCCAUGGCAUUUCAGUCGAUAUAGAUGCACUGGACCUCUACCUGGAUAUGCGGGACGGCACGCAAACCACAGCGUCAGAGCGUCGCGCUCAGGUCGAUAACGCGGAAGAUUCAAUAGCAUCGGUAAGAGAAGUCUCGAUAGAUCAGCCCGAGCAUUCAAGAGCCCGUUUGCUAUCAUGGUGUCGGAGGACGGCCCUACUAGCUCGAAACUUGGCGCUGGAAUAUGACGGCCCGUACAAGGAUCUCGUGCGUCUGCAGGCUCACUGCUUAGCGAAUCAAGUUGAGCAGCUAUGGGCCGAAUCGCCGUGCCGGCACGAAGCGAGAGCACCUGUCGCAACGAGACACUCAGUGAGUGCGUCGGCUUCACUGGCAACUGCUAGCGCAGCUGAACCCCGCGAUACACUGUAUCGAUUACCGACGAAUGUUGUCCAGGGUGCCUGUGAUGCGUCCGCAUCCGAUUCGAACACUUGCUCGAAACAAGGAACUGCGGCACGAUGCAAGCGGAAACGGCGGAGCUUCGGCGGGAUUCACGGAUAUCAAGCGCGAGCAACGAAGCACCGAACACGAGCGUCUACGAACGAGUAUGCCAGCCGCAUUCUGAAGCAGUGGCUCCUCGAUCACUUUCUAAACCCGUACCCCGGUGAUGAGGAGAAGCAUCAGCUCAUGAGGCGAACUGGUCUCACGUACAAUCAACUCAACAACUGGUUUAUUAACGCUCGCGUCCGUCUUUGGAAGCCGCUGGUUGACGCCUUGGCGUGCAAACGGCAACGGCAGCAGGAGCAGCCGGGUACUUGA